AUGCCUGAUCGUGAAAAUGAGCCUAACGGCUCAGCCGUCAUUACUCAUCGCCACCGGCCUACGGAGACUCUCGGCCAUGUCCGACUCCAAGACGAAAGCACUGGUGCCACGCUCCUCGUGCCCCAGCCGUCGUCCGACCCUAAUGAUCCUCUCAACUGGUCGAAAGGCUUCAAGAUCUACAUCACUGUGCUUACUUGUGUAGCAUUGACAUGGGUCAACUUCUUUGCAGGUGGUCCUGGAUCUGUUUUGGUCGAAAUAGUCAUCGAUCUCUAUGGUGUGUAUCCGCCUGACCCCAGGAAUCCCGCCACACUAGCCCCAAAGUCGAUGGCGGCAUUCUCGUCUGCAGUGAGCAAGGUGGCUUUGCUCUUCUCCACAACUUCUCUGGCCGCCGGUAUGGCAAACCUUAUGUGGGUCCCCCUCGCUGUCAAAUAUGGCCGUCGGGUGGUAUAUACUUCUUCGUUUCUCGCUUUUGGCCUCUGCUGCAUCUGGUCGGCACGUGCUUCCACUUAUGGGAGUCUGUUAGCUUCAAGAAUUAUAGCCUCAUGGUUUUCUGGAAGCGUCGAGUGCGUUGCUCCCGUUACUAUUGCGGACAUCUUUUUCCUUCACGAAAGGGGUAAAAUGACAGCGAUAUACUCGGCUGCGCUCUCGACGGGUGCUGCGUUGGGGUUAAUGGUCUCUGCAGUUAUGUCAAUCUCAACAAGUUGGAGAGUGUUUCAUUACUUGUGCGCUGGUCUCGUCCUCACCACGACACUUUUGAUUUUCUUUACCAUGCCCGAGACUGCAUAUCAGAGGACUGUAGAAAGAGAAGAGGAAGAGACAGAUGAGAAGGUCGCAAACGUGUCCGAAAUGGAGCGUGCCGAAGUGCACACCGUGCACAAGAAAACAUUCAUACAACGGAUGGCAUUCAAUCGGUCUCCUCUCACCCGUGAAUCUAUUUGGAAGAUCAUUAUCCGGCCCGCGCUGGUCCUCUUUUUACCACCAGUUUUCUGGUCUACGGUGUCUUUCGGGAUAGGAAUCGGGAUCUUCGUCAUCAUGGGGACCACAGCCGCAACGGCUUUCACACAGGUUUACCAUUUUACAACCUGGCAAGUGGGAGUGGUUUGGAUUGCAGGCAUUGUAGGUAACAUACUAGGCAUACCAUUUGGUGGUUAUUUCUCGGAUUGGGUAGCCAACCGCGCAACCACGAAGAAUGGCGGAAUUCGUGAGCCAGAGAUGCGUCUUCCCGCCGUGAGCAUCGCUAUGAUUACCUAUCCUGCAGCACUUCUUCUCUACGGCCUGGGGAUCAACUACAAAGCGCAUUGGAUGGUGCCUAUCUUGGGCAUAUUCUUGUUCUCGUUUGGAAGUAGUGCUGCGAUCGGCAUUAGUGUGGUGUAUACAAUCGACUGUUACAGGCCAAUUGCUGAGGAGGUUGUGGUGAGCCAAGUCGCCUUCAAAUCCAUCAUAACGUUCCUCAUGUCCUUCUACGCAAACCCAUGGGUCGAUCGUGACGGCUAUGCAGGAGCAUUUGGUGCCAUGGCAGCGCUCAGUUUCAUCGUCUUGGCUUUAUGGGUUCCCUUGUUCAUCUGGGGUAAGCGAAUUCGCCGUGCCACUCUCAAAGGGCGUGUCAUGCAAUAUGUCCACUGGUCUGUGGACAGAGAGACUGGAGAGUAA